GACUUUAUAUAUUAAUGUUUUAAAACUCUGAAAGGAGUAGUAGUGUUAAGAAUUAUGUUCACCAACGGGAAAUAAAAUUUCGACACUCGUUUCGUGCUGUAUGUAGAAUUCUUGUGUGGUGUGUGGUUAUGACAUCAUGCAUGCUGAAACAAAGCGUGUGUUUGUUGGUAAUUUGCCUCCAGACAUUACACAGACAGACAUUAGAAAGCGGUUCAGCAAGUUUGGCAACGUGUUGUCUGUAGAAAUUAAACACCGUCCAGAUUCUUCAUCUUUUGCAUUCUUGGAUUUUAAAACCGAUGAAGAUAAGCUGAAUUCAUGUUUUGAAACAUUAUCGAUUGAGAAAUGGAAUGGUAAUAGAAUAAAAUUAGAACUUGCUAAGGAGAGUUUUCUGAGUAGGCUUGAGAAGGAAAGACAAGAGAAUAACAAAUCAAAACCACAGUGCGGUUCAGAUGAUCCAUAUAUGAUUGGUACAAACAUAAAAUCUAAGAAAAGGUCAAUAGAAAAUUUGGAAUUUGCAAAAAAGAAACAGAAGACUGAGGAAAAUUUGUCUGAAGUGAAUGAUUGCAGCAUGGAUGAAGAAUCACUUAGGUUAUCAGAUAAUUCUAGUGAUUGUGAAACACUAUACAAUGGAAAGUUAAAGAUGUUUGGUGGGACAGUGACUGCUAUUUGUGAUUCAAAUAGUGACAGGAGCCUCUCUCAGUCAGGGCCAGAUAGUAAAAUUUCUCAGUCAGCAAAUGCAGCAACAGAUUUGCUACAGAGAUUAGAGCUUUUUAGUGAUGUGUGGAAGGACCCAUCAAUGAAUUGUGAUCCCACGAAACAUGACAAAGUGAUUACAGGAAAUGAUUACUUUACAAAAGAAAGCCUUUCAGAUGAAGCUAAAAGACUGCUUGCUGAAGAGAAACGUAAGAAAUCUAUUGAUGAGAAAAGGAAGUCAUACCAGAAACAAAAGGAAACAAUCAAAUUGGCACUUAGCUCUAUAGAUUCUGGUCACACAAACAGUAAAAUUAUUUUUGAUUCUGAAGAUUAUGAAAAUAAUGCUGAGGAUGCAGUGAAACAUUCAGUGUCUCAUAACAUUUCAUCAGUCUCUUCUGAUGUUGAAUUGCUGGGAGGGUCAAACAGAAAAACAGUUCUUUUUGAAGAUUCUUCAGAUGGUGAGGAAGAAGGAAACUUCAAAAUUAAGACUCAAUUUGAAGGUAGUAAGGGACAGAAGCUUCUAAAAUUACAGUCUCGGUUUGCAAGCGAUAAGAGAUUUGUAAUGGAUGAAAGGUUUUAUGAGAGUGAUGAGGAAGUUCCUGCUGAAACAUCUGUCAUUGCUGAAACUUCAGGUGUAGAAGAUGAAAGAAAAAUACAGUUUGAAAUAUUACAAGAUGUCCUUGGUCAUCAGAUUCCAAUUAAAGAUAACAAGAAAGAAAAGUCAAAGAGGAUAUCAAUGCUCAGAUAUGAUCCUUCAAAACCCGAUCAUGCCAAAUUUGAGAAAAAAACUGAACCUAAAAUACAGAAAGAAGUUUUUGAUGUGUCACCAGGCAAGAUUCCAAAAGUAGGUUAUGGCAAAAGGGAGGAGAAGGUUGAAAAUGUUAUCGUUUCAAAAGAAAAAUUUUACAAAGUGGCAGAGUCUCUAAAGAAAACCCUUCAGAAACGAGAUGAAAGGAAUGAGUUUAGCCUUCGUAAAAUGUUUGGUACCAGUGAUGGAGGCUCAGUUGAUGAAGAUGGUGAGACACUCUGUGCUACAGCUCUAAAUAAACACAAACAUAAAGAAUGGACCAAGAAUCCAUUUAAAUAUGAUUCUAGUGGCUCUGAAGAAGAAAAUGAGACACUCAGUCAUAAUAAAACUGAUAAUCGACAACAGAACGUAAAAGAAAAUGUAAUUAAUUCUGGUGAAAGCCUUUUCUUUAAGCACAAUGAUCCUCGCCUUCAAGAGGGACUGGAAUUCUUCAGCACAGGCCAGAUUAAAGAUGAAUCAUAUGACUUUGCAAAACAUAGGAGAGAACUUAAGCAGAUAGUUCGAUCUAAAGUGAAAAAUAAUUUGCGCAAUCAUCUUCCACAGAAAAAUAAACUAGGAGGACAGAAGGUCAAGAAAUUUAAGAAGACACAAUAAGUUCUUCCUGGCAUAUACCUCAAGAGGCUGAAGGAAGCCGGAAGUGUAAUUUAUAAUAAUGAAAAUCGUAUGUCAUGGGGACACUUGUUUCGUAGGUAGAUGAACAACUGUAUAAUAGAAAGCAGUCUUCUGGGAUUUGGCACCAUGUAUAUGUGGUGUUAACCAACGUUUUGUCUCAGCAAGUCAUGGAAGCCUCUGGAAAGGACUUGGUGUGAUUCCAUACUAUCUGAAGUCUCAACUGUGAUGUCUGUGUACUAAGACAUUUUCUUUUUGAAGGAGAAUGUUUCUGUGUCCAUGACAUAAAAAAUAUUACAGUCUUUUCUAACAUAUUGAGAGAUAUUAGGAAGAAAUCCUUACAAACAUGAAUAAGUGUAAUGUUCACUUCAGAAAGGUAUGAAGAGGUACAGGAUUUAAUUGUAUGGAUAACAGAACUUGAAAUAAAAAUGAUCUUCCUUAUAAUUUAAUUACCAGAA